GUGGAAGAACACUCCAAACUCUUGCCAUGGCUGCAGCAGCGUGGAUUAACCGAGGGCGAAGCGCUGUCACUCUUGCGGGGACAGUGACUGGCUCCAGAUCGAGUCACACUGCUUUAAAAUCCAAUUAUGAUGCAUUGAUCAUCGGCGGAGGACACAAUGGACUUGUGGCAGCUGCCUAUCUUCAGAAGGGAGGACUGAAGGCAGCGGUGCUGGAACGCAGACAUGUGCUGGGAGGUGCAGCUGUUUCAGAGGAGAUCUUCCCUGGCUUCCGUUUCUCCAGGUGCUCCUACUUGCUCAGUUUGUUGAGGCCGCACAUAUACAGAGACCUGGAGCUCAAGAAACAUGGGCUGAAGGUGUAUAUGAGAGAUCCCCAUGCGUUCACCCCCAUGCUGGAGGAAGGGGUGAGAGGUGCUCCCCCGCGGUCUCUGACUCUGGGCUCAGAUCUCUCCACCAACCAGAUGGAGAUCGGCAAGUUCUCACAGAAGGAUGCUAAGGCUUAUCCUGAAUUUGUUGCACACCUUGAGAAGCUAGCAGAUGCUAUCCACCCUCUUCUGGAUGCUCCACCUGUAGAUAUUCCAGGUAUCACUUCUGGAUCCCUGAGGAGGAGGCUGGCUGCAGCCAAAACACUGAUACCUAUUUUCCAAUGCGGUCUGAAACUGGGCAGAAAUGUUCCAGACUUUUAUGAAAUCAUAACUGCUCCAAUAAUGAAGAUUCUCACUCAGUGGUUCGAUUCAGAGCCACUGAGAGCCACGCUGGCUACUGAUGGUGUGAUAGGAGCCAUGACCAGUCCCAGUAACCCUGGCAGUGGGUAUGUACUCUUGCACCAUGUGAUGGGAGAGGUGGAGAAGGAGAAAGGUGCUUGGGGUUAUGUAGAAGGAGGUAUGGGGGGGUUGUCUCAGGCUAUUGCUAAUGCUGCUCAAUCUUAUGGUGUAGACAUCUUUACUGAGAAGGGUGUAGAGCAGAUCCUGGUUGGUUCAGAUGGUGCUGCUAAGGGGGUGGUGUUCAAGGACGGCACAGAAAUCCACAGUAAAGUUGUUUUAUCAAGUGCUACCCCAUAUGUCACCUUCAAGAACCUGACACCACAGUCUGCCCUUUCUCCAGAAUUCAUCAAAGCAGUAGAUCAGAUCGAUUACACUUCACCUGUUACCAAGAUCAAUGUGGCUGUAGACAAGUUGCCAAACUUCUUAGCAUCUCCCACACCAGGUGAUAAACCUGGACCACACCAUCAGUGCUCAAUUCAUCUAAACUGUGAAAGCGUGGAUGUGCUGGAGACGGCAUAUAAAGAGGCCAAAAAUGGACGUCCCUCAGCAAAACCUAUGGUGGAAAUGACCAUUCCCUCUGUGCUGGAUCCUACUCUGGCUCCACCUGGCUGCCACGUUGUGUCACUUUUUACCCAGUUCACCCCCUACCACAUAGAAGAGAGGGAGUGGACGGACCAGGACCGGGAGGCCUUUGCAGACAGUGUGUUUGACUGGGUGGAGGAAUAUGCCCCUGGGUUUAAAAAAUCUGUGGUGGGCAGGGACAUCCUGGCCCCGCCUGACCUGGAGAGGAUCUUUGGGCUCACUGGAGGGAAUAUCUUCCAUGGAUCAAUGUCACUGGACCAGCUCUACCUAACACGACCUUUGCCCUCUCUCUCAGAUUACCGCUCACCAAUUAAAGGGCUCUAUUUGUGUGGCAGUGGCUGUCAUCCAGGUGGGGGUGUGAUGGGUUCCCCUGGCUGGAAUGCGGCACGUACCGUCAUUGCUGACCUGAAACAUCACUGAGACACACUAUCAGUGUGUGGUUUGCUCACCUGUGGGCUGUCCUUCUUCAGUGUGUGACUGGUGUGAAGAAUAAAUGCCAAAUCACAGCUAAAACCAACUACUUAUUUGAUUGAUUGUCUCUACCCUGUAUUAUGUUUUAAUAGUUUCAUUGACUAACCUAAUAAUACAAAAGAUAUGGGAUGAAAGAGACAAGUAGAGUGCAAUAAAACAGGCCUGGACAGGCCAGCCAUGUGAAAAGUUUCCCAGUGGAAAAACACAAAAUCAACAUCAACCUUAGAUCCAGUGGAAAAUUACUGAGACCAACAAAACAAGUUGAAGGCAAAUGUAUUUUUAGAAAAACUAAUGCUUGUGUUAAUCAAAUGAACUAAAACUGUGACUUGAGAGAAAUGAUGCACAAAGGAACAUUUUAUUCUAUUUCAGUAAAUUAAAAUUAAUUGAAGUCAUUAUGUUUGAUUUUCUUUAAACCGUGAAUGAUUAUUAGUUUCAAAUGUAUUAGCAAAUGUAUUUGUAAAUGUAUUAGCACUAUUAGGGUCAUUGUCACUACUGGUAUCACGAGGUGAUACCUGGACCCUACAGAGGUUGCACAGGUAGUGCAACUCCUCCAGGAUGUCAUAUCAAGACGUGCCAUAGCCAGAAGAUUAGCUGUCUCUCCCAGCACAUUAUUAGGAGCAUGGAGGAGAUUCCAGGAGACAGGCAGUUACUCUAGGAGAGAUAGACAGGGCCGUAGAAGGUCCUUAACCAAACAGCAGAACAGUUAUCUGCUCCUUUGUGGAAGAAGGAACAGGAUGAGCACUGCCAGGAUCCUACAAAAUGAUCUACAGAAAGUCACUGGUUUGAAUUUCUCUAACCAAACAAUCAGAAACAGAUUUCAUAAGGGUGGUCUGACCUAAAUCCAAACUAAUACCUCUGGGACAUUAUGUUUUGGUUCAUCCAUCACCACCGGGUUGCAGAUAGCUCAUUGAUGCCCUGGUACAGGUCUGGGAGGAGAUCCUACAGGACACCAUCCGUCAUCUCAUUGGAGCAUGCCCGGACAUCCUUGUUGAGUUGAUUUUCAAGUUGCCUUUGAAUUCAGCCCUCUAUAGGUCGAUAAUUUUCAUCUCCAUCUAACAAUGUGGCAUCCUUUCAUUCCUAACACAUUACCCAGUCCACAUCAGUAUAGAUAACCAGCAUGAUUUUGUUUUCUAUUGAAAUGUGAGGUAAUGUGUUUCUUUAACUUUUUUUGAGCAGUGUAUUUGUCAAAAAUGUACCUUGAAGCAUGUACAUUUUACACAUGUAUACACACAUACAUAUAUUAUUAUAUUUUAAUAAUUCCACUUUUUCUAUUGUGACAAAUGCCCUGUCCUGUCCAGAAAUGAACAGUAAAUAACUCACAGAAUGACCUGAUGGAUUUUAAUUUUAAUCAUUUACUAUGUAUCUUUUAUUGAUAAAGUCAAACAGUAUAGAAUAGAAUAGAAUGCCUUUAUUGUCAUUAUACAGGAUGUACAAUGAGAUUGGAGGGCCACUCCUGUUC